AUGCUAGACAAGGCGCCCCCUCAAAGCAAACGCAUGGACGAAUCUAAUGCGGCAGCCUCUCUGCUUUCGAUGGAAACAACCGCCAACAACCAACACUAUCUGCACCAUAAAGCCCCCCGCUCAAGAAUGACGAACAGCAGCCAGGAUGCUAAAACGCGCGCAGAGGAUGGCGGCAACGACGAAACAAGUUCCCGUCAUCCUAACAUCUCCAGCGCCAGCAUCGAGUCUGUCAAAACCUCCUACGACGAGAACCCUCUACUUUCUAUUAUGAAAUCGACGUGUGCGCCCAAUAACACUCCGGUGCAUACUCCGUCCGGUUCGCCGAGUUUGCAAAUACAAGGCGACAACGACGCUAAAGACAAGCCCAAGAGAAAAGAUGCUACUGCCGCCACUACCGAACUCCAAGAUCAUGGUGACAGCGACAACGCUGUACACGCUGCCGCCAGUCCGCUUGCGCCUUCCAAUACACCUUCGGAUCCGAAAUUUUUUUGCAAUGGCCAUCUCACACAGGAGAGAGUCGGGCAGAUUUCUGACGCAGCCCCACCGCAGCACGCUGCAAUGAACGAUGUUGUUUUCCCUUACUCCUCUACGACCACUAAUAACAAUCCUGCCGCUGCUACUGUCGUCGCCGGCGCCAGAGAAAAAAUAAAUUUGCCGCCACCACAAGGUCCGCCUAUUUCUUCCCCCGGUACCACCGCAGCUGGCCCUGGCUCGGGCUCGGGCGUACGUUCCGGCACCGGAUCGGAUUUGCCGCUCAUCAUCACUACCGGCAGCAAGGACAUUGGCAAGAACACCAAUUCGCCGCUGUUAAUCCUAGGCAGGAAAAACAGUAGCGGCAACAACGAGAUCAAUUCGUUCAUCAGCUCGGACUCGAGAGGCUCUUCCAAUAAUAACGAAAAUCGCGGGGUUUUACGCAGCAAGAUCAAGCCCGGCGGCGGCAGCUCUCCGAAUGGCUCUCAAACCCAGCAUGGUGAUCAAGAUGAUCAGUAUGCCAUGGGCGUGGCUCCCAGAAAUUUUUAUUUCAAUAAGGACAGGGAAAUAACUGAUCCGAACGUUAAACUGGACGAGAACGAAUCUAAGGUCAACAUUUCGUUCUGGCUGAACUCGAAGUACAGGGAUGAGGCCUACUCUUUAAAUGAAUCGUCCUCUAACAACAUCAGUUCGAAUGCAGGUACACCUACAAACUCUCGCCACGCGAACCCCAGUCCUUCCGUCCCCAGCAGAAACAAUUUCCAACAUUUCAGGUUUAAUCAAAUUCCCUCUCAGCCUCCGACUUCAGCCUCCUCAUUCACAAGCGCUAACAAUAGCAACCACAACAACAACAUUCAACGAAACGCCAUCGACCGUGGAGAGGACCCGUUUGCCACCUCAUCAAGGCCUUCUACCGGUUUUUUUUACGCCGAUUUAUCAAACCGUAACAACAAAAAUAGUCCCUUACAUACAAACGAACCAUACAUCCCGCCACCUCCACCCAAAUACAUCAAUUCCAAGUUGGAUGGGCUGAGGUCAAGGUUAUUGCUUGGCCCGAAUUCUGCAUCUUCUUCUACUAAACUAGACGAUGACUUGGGCACUGCCGCGGCUGUACUAUCCAACAUGAGAUCAUCUCCAUUUAGAAGUAAUGACAAACCCAUUUCAAGCGUCAGUAACAUCAACAGCACAAAUGCGCUCAGUGUACCGGCCAGUAGACCUCAUUCAUCAUCUUUCCCUUCAAAGGGUGUUUUGAGGCCAAUUCUAUUACGUAUCCACAAUUCUGAACAGCAGCCGAUUUUUGAGAGCAAUAAUUCUACAGCUGUGUUCGAUGAAGAACAAGAUCAAGACCCGUCACCUUAUCAUCUAAGCCCGAACUCUAAAAAAACCCUGGAUGCCGCUACUGAGUCAAGGACAAGACAAGUCACUUGGAAUAAAAAUGGUAAGCGAAUAGACAGACGACUAUCUGCCCCAGAGCAACAGCAGCAGCUGGAAGAGCCACCAUUGAAAAAAUCAAGAAGAUCAGUGGGGAACGCAAGGACAACAAGCCAAACCAAUAGCGAUUAUAAUUCAUUUGGCGAAUCUUCAACUUCUUCGGCCCUUUCAUCUCCUUCUAUAAAGGCCUCUUCUUCUAGCUUGGCAUAUGGUACUGAAUACCCUAAUGCUACUUCACCUGGUGCCACUAAAUCUAAGGCAAAAACCGCCAAGUCUAGGACAAAAUCCAGAACAAAACAAUCCUCAAAGAAAAGAUCAAAUAAUAAUGCUUCCAAGGCAAAGGCAAACGAUUCUCAAGAAAUGAAUAACACUGCUUCCUCAACCGCUCAAGGUACAAGAUCCCGUACUGGUUGCUGGAUCUGUAGGUUACGGAAAAAAAAAUGUACCGAAGAAAGACCACAUUGUUUCAAUUGUGAAAGGUUGAAACUGGACUGUCAUUAUGACGCCUUCAAGCCAGAUUUUGUAUCCGAUCCCAAGAAAAAGCAAAUGAAACUGGAGGAAAUUAAGAAGAAAACAAAAGAAGCUAAAAGGAGAGCAAUGAAGAAAAAGUAA